UGUGCUAGCUCGUGUGCAGUAGCAGCUCAGUGACGCGCCUCGAGGCUCCGCCCACUGUAUUCGCGGCCUCACGUGACGUCACACCCCAUCGCCGGAUCCGUACUCCACCCGCAGGAGCAGCCAUGAUGCAAGAAGGGCUGGACGAUGGUCCCGAUUUCCUCUCUGAAGAGGACAGAGGACCAAGGGCCGUUAAUGUGGACCUUCAGACUGAUGCUACAUUACAAGUGGACAUUUCAGAUGCACUGAGUGAGAGAGACAAAGUGAAAUUCACCGUCCAUACGAAGAGCACUCUUCCCAACUUCAAGCAGAACGAGUUCUCUGUGGUGAGACAACAUGAAGAGUUCAUCUGGCUUCAUGACUCCUUUGUGGAGAACGAGGAAUAUGCUGGGUUUAUUAUCCCACCUGCGCCUCCGAGACCAGACUUUGAUGCCUCGCGAGAGAAGCUGCAGAAGCUGGGUGAGGGUGAAGGCUCCAUGACCAAGGAGGAAUUCACUAAAAUGAAACAGGAACUUGAGGCCGAAUACUUGGCCAUCUUCAAGAAGACUGUGGCAAUGCACGAGGUGUUCCUCUGCCGUGUUGCUGCCCAUCCUGUCCUGCGGAAAGACUUAAACUUUCAUGUUUUCUUGGAGUACAACCAAGAUCUAAGUGUACGAGGCAAAAACAAGAAAGAGAAACUGGAGGACUUUUUCAAGAAUGUGGUGAAGUCUGCAGAUGGAGUUCUAGUGGCAGGUGUGAAGGAUGUAGAUGACUUCUUUGAACACGAGAAGACAUUCCUUUUAGAGUACCAUAACCGUGUCAAGGAUGCCUCCAUCAAGUCUGACCGAAUGAUCAGGUCUCACAAAAGUGCUGCAGAAGACAUCAACAGAAUUGCCUCCACACUGUACACUUUAGGGACCCAGGACUCAACAGACAUGUGCAAAUUUUUCUUGAAAGUGUCUGAACUUUUCGAGAAAACACGGAAAAUUGAAGCACGAGUUGCUGCUGAUGAGGACCUAAAACUUGCUGACUUGUUGAAGUAUUACCUCCGGGAAUCACAAGCCGCCAAGGACCUGCUUUACAGACGAGGAAGGGCAUUAGUUGAUUACGAGAACGCAAACAAAGCUCUAGACAAAGCCAGGGCUAAAAACAAAGAUGUCCUUCAGGCAGAAACCACCCAGCAGGUUUGCUGUCAGAAGUUUGAGAAAAUCUCUGAAUCGGCUAAACAAGAACUGGUAGAUUUCAAAACAAGAAGAGUAGCAGCGUUCAGAAAGAACUUGGUGGAACUAGCUGAGCUUGAACUCAAACAUGCUAAGGGGAAUCUCCAGCUGUUGCAAAGCUGCCUGUCUGUUCUAAAAGGGGACACUUAAAACCCUGACCAGAGGUUCACUAGGGCUUUCCCUGUUUGGUCCCAUCUUAUUUGGAGGAUGGAAGAGAGAGAGAGAGAGCAUACCUGGGGUCUGUUUGUCAAGAAACAGUAUGUAUCACUGUUUGUAUCACUACCUGAGACAUCAUACUCCCUCCACUACCCCCUUAAAUUGAUGCGGCCCACUGUGGAAGAUUUCCCAAGUCCACACAGCACAAGAAUCUGCAACUUCAUCUAAUCACGUCUUGUAACUUCUGAUUGUUAAUUGACGUUUUUCAUGGGAGUCAAUACAUCAACAUAUAUACAUUGAUGUCUAAUUGUUUUUUCUAUCUCGUUUAUUUUUGGCUUAUUGUAAUCUUUAGUUUGGGUAAUCCUUUUGAAUGGAUGAUGCUCAGUUGACUUGUUCAAAUUGAGCUAAUGGUAUGAUUAAACUGUAUGUUCACUCAAAGCCUUGUACAUGUUGUAUUAGUUUCCAUUGUACUGCUAUUAAUUGGCUUAAUCUGACUAAUAUUUUUUACUACCCUAUGGCAAAUUCAAGCCACUUACUCUUUUUCAUUCCUGAUCAUUAUGUUUGCCUUAAUUAUAUACUCCUUAUCUCAUAUUGUAAAAAAAACAAACUUUAAACUGAAAACAUCCCCCAGGCUUUUGAAGUGCACUGUAUAUGAAUGUGUAUUUUUCACAGUAUGUGACCAAAGCUUCCAUUUAUUCAGAUGGAGUAAUGCUGACCGAAACAAUAAUACUGAUGCUACAAAUGGUGAUGGACAUGACAUAAAAAAAUAAAUAAUUCUGUACCUUG